ACUUAAACGUGAAACGACAUAUCGUACGAGAAAUUAAAUAGGAGGACAAGACAACCACGGAUUAUCUUAAUAGCACCUCUGUCCAAUCCCAACUCGACAGCAAACUAUCACAAAACCACUUUAGUUUCACAAAACCACCUUUCUCCAUUCAUUUUUCAACUUUCACUUUUUCCUUUUAUUUUCGUCGAAUAUGAUAAUGCCAACCAAAUAAUUCCCUCCUUUGUUUUCUUUCUAAGUUUUUUCCACUUAUUACCAACCUUCUUCUUCUACUCCUCCUCUACUUCACGUACAUAACCUAUAAUUAUACACACAAAAACAUAUAGAUAUAUAACAAUUGAAAGGUGCAUCUUUGUUGGUAUUGAGAUAUGGGGAGAGGAAGGGUGCAAUUGAAGAGGAUUGAGAACAAGAUCAAUAGGCAAGUGACAUUUUCAAAGAGAAGAUGUGGUCUGUUGAAGAAAGCUCAUGAGAUCUCUGUGCUCUGUGAUGCUGAAGUUGCUCUUAUUGUCUUCUCCAACAAAGGAAAACUCUAUGAAUAUUCAAGCGAUCCCUGUAUGGAAAGAAUUCUAGAACGAUAUGAAAGGUAUUCAUAUGCGGAGAGGCAACAUGUUCCAAAUGAUCAGCCCCAAAAUGAAAAUUGGAUUAUAGAACAUGCAAAGUUGAAGGCAAGGUUGGAAGUCAUACAGAAAAAUCAAAGGAAUUUUAUGGGUGAAGAACUUGAUGGCUUAAGUAUGAAAGAGCUUCAGAAUUUGGAGCAUCAACUUGAUUCAGCUCUCAAACAGAUUAGAUCAAGAAAGAACCAAGUUGUGUAUGAAUCCAUUUCAGAGCUCCAAAAAAAGGAUAAGGCCCUUCAAGAAAAAAACAAUCUGCUCACAAAAAAGAUAAAGGAGAAAGAGAAGGCAUUAGCCCAACUUGAGCUACACAAUGAUGAUAUGGAUCUAGAUUCUACUGCACUUGUACCUCAACCAUUGGAGACAUUGAAUAUUGGAUGUUCCCCUCAAGAUAGAGGUGAUAAUGAAGGAAGCCAAACUCAAUCUAAUGCCCUUCUUCCACCAUGGAUGCUUCGUCCUAUAAAUGACUAGAAGACUAUUCCAUUAUAAAACAUAUCAUGUUUAAUAUGUAUAAAAUUUAUAAUUAUCAAUAUGAGUGGCUAGUUAUAUAGACUUACAUAUACAACCUUUCAUAAGAAGACUAUUAUUGCAUAUAAAACAUUUCAUGUUGAAUAUAAUCCCUUUUGUUGUCAAGGCAAGGGAAUGGAUCAUUAUUGAUGAGUGAAGCAUUUGUUAUAUACAAAAUGGUUUAACUAA